UACGAACGGAGCCACCAGUACUCUUGACCACAAAAGGUUAGAGGUUAGAGCAUAGAUGAGGUAGACAAACUCACAAACUUUACAGACUAUAAACAUAUGUGAUGGAUUGUAGUGUUAAAUGUUUGGAUGUUUGGCUCCAUUUGGCUCCAAGUUUUUGAUAAGUCUCUAACGAACAUUUAUUCCCCAUUGCAACUCGUUUUUUACCAGUUAAAUGACUUACCACGGUUUACAUAUAUGUUAAUACACAUAUAGUGACUGCAGAAAAUAUUAAAUACUCUAUAAAGAAAUUAGUAUCUAACUAGUUUAAAGUAAACGUGCAAUAUGAACGAUUCAGAUGCACGAUUAGAAGCCAUAGAAGAAGAGCAGGAGGAAGAAGAAUUAACUGCUCAGAGUGCUUUGUUAGCGAUCGAACAAGCUUGGUUGAAUGAAAAAUUUGCUCCAGAGAUACUCCCCCAUCAAGCCGACUUGGUCGACUGUAUGUUGCAACAGAUAACUCAUAUGGAAGACAACAUGAAGAGGUUAACCAAGGGAGAUUUAAGGAUAAUGGUUCAUAGAAUGGAAUUGGAUAGGAUCAAGUUUGUGAUAUCUAGCUAUCUUCGAGCUCGAUUAGAGAAAAUCGAAAAGUAUACCAUUCACAUACUUUCUCAGGAGGCCAACAGAUCUCCAGAAGAAUGUUAUCUGACACCUGCAGAACUGCAAUUUGCUAAAGAAUUUCUCGCUAGUAUGGAAACUCUAUUUAGAACAAUUGCUCUGCAACACAUGCCCGGAAACUUUCAGACAUUUGAAGUUAAUAGACUGAGUAUAAAGCCCAAUAUGCAGACGUAUGUAUUUCUAAGGGCCAAUCAGAGAAUCGAUGGAAUUGUGUUGCCCGGGUCUUUAGAUGAAGAAAUAGAUUUUGAGCAAGGCUCACAGCACAUUAUACAAUACAGUGCUGUUGCAAAUUUAGUUAAAAGCGGUGCUGUUCAAUUAAUUUAACAUUUAGGAUGCACAAUAUAGAAUAUAUCUAAAUUUUUAUAGACAUUAUUUAAUAAAGUUUUGAGAACAAUGUUGCAUAAAAAAAGCUAUUUUAUUAGAAACAUUA